UUGUCAACUUUAAUAAUUACAGAUUACAUUGGAGUGUACUGGUGAAGCUCCUGAGAAUGCUACAGUUACUAUACAGUGUAAUGGAACUGGUGCUGUGUAUUAUAGCACAUAUUUAGUAGCAAAUGCUCAUUUACCAAUGAAUAUAACAGGAUCAGUACCAGUACCACUACAUCAACAGUGUACCAUCACUGUUGUAUUUAGUAAUGAGGCUGGUAGUAGUGAACCAUUUAUACUAGCAUUUGACACUACUCUACCUAUCAGUAAUACACCAUCUCCUACUAAUACUCCAUUAGUUACUAGCACACCAGGUAUAACUUCACCUAAUAGUACUGUUAUCAUCAUACCAGUAGUAAUAUCACUGACUAUUGUUAUAAUAAUAAUAAUAAUAACAGCAGUGUGUGUCACUGUGUUGGUGUUUGCUGUGUAUAAAAGGAACAGGAAUAGGGCUACCUCAUCUCAACACAUAAGUACAGUACCUAAUGCAGCAUAUGAAGAUAUUAAUAAAUUUAAUAAAUUAAAUAUUAAUGUUAAUCCAGCUUAUGGUGAGGUGAGAGGAACAACAACUGAACAGCAACAACACGUGACUUAUGAAGAAGUUAAUUUUUAACAAUUUUAUAAA